AGCAGCGACGUGUUCUCUUUCAACAUUUGUCUCGUUUUCGUAGUUCGUGUGAUAAGUGGUUCGUGUUUCUUGAGAUUUUGUUAACAUUUCUUUAAUUUUAAUAUAAAAAAGUAGUACGAUAUUAUAAAAUAAGGCAGGGCUUUUGAUAUUAAGCCGUAGUAUAAGGAUUUGUUCUAUUGAGCCAAGGUUCCGGGAAGGCAGCGAAAAUCAUACACACAAACAAAGAUGAAUAUCCCCAACGAGUACAUUUCGAAAACGGAGGAUGUGGCGGAUCAGGUAAUACGUCGCGGCAAAAAUAUUCUACCUACAGUCGCUCGUCUAUGUCUGAUUGCGACGUUCUUCGAAGAUGGUUUACGCAUGUACUUCCAAUGGAACGAACAACGUGAAUAUAUGGAUAUGAGCUGGGGCUGUGGCAAAUUUUUGGCUACAGUUUUUGUGUUAGUGAAUUUGUUUGGACAACUUGGUGGCUGUGUUAUGGUUAUUGCUAGGUAUAAAGUCGAGAUUGCUGUGGGUUUGCUCUUUUUCAUCGUAGUGCUACAGACAAUAGCUUACUCUAUACUUUGGGACAUACAAUUCUUGUUUCGCAAUCUUGCGCUGAUCGGCGCAUUACUGCUCGUAUUAGCCGAAUCACGAGUCGAAGGACGUAGUCUGUUCGCUGGUGUUCCCUCACUUGGUGAGAAUAAGCCGAAGAAUGUUAUGCAGCUCGCUGGUCGUGUACUGCUUGCAUUUAUGUUUAUUACACUUAUACGCUUCGAACUGAGCUUCCUUCAGAUUGUGCAAGAUAUAAUCGGUUCGAUUUUGAUGGUUCUAGUAACAAUCGGCUAUAAAACAAAAUUGUCUGCACUCAUCCUCGUAGCACUGUUGACCGUUUUGAAUUUGUAUCAUAACGCGUGGUGGACCAUUCCUUCUUAUAAGCCACUUAGAGAUUUCCUAAAAUAUGACUUUUUCCAGACGCUCUCCGUGAUCGGCGGUUUAUUAAUGAUUGUGUCACUGGGGCCAGGUGGUGUAUCAAUGGACGAACAUAAAAAAAAAUGGUAGACUUCGUCGCCGCAGUACACAUGCUUAUGUAAUCCGCAUGUAACAGAGAGGAAAUUAUUAUUUUUUAUUUUAUAUCAAUGUAUUUUUGUUUCAUAAAUUAGACACCUUUUUAUAAAAUCAAACGAUAAACACAACAAAACCAUAAAAUGGGAUAAAUAAUGACAAAAAAAAAAAAAUAAAACAAAUGGACAAAAUCAAUGUAUGUAUAAGGAAACUAAAUCGAGAAAUUUUUACUUUGGGGGUUCUUAAUUUUUGUUUGUGAAACACGGACUUUUGAAAGAAACAAUAAAUGAUUCCUUUUGUACUUCCGUAUUUGUAAAAGAUUUUUGUAGAAUUAUGAUUUGGGAUGGCUUGUCACAAGUAAAACUGAAACACGGAGGUUUUACCUAAAAAAAUCCAGGUUGUAUUAUGUAAUUGCACACCUAUUUACAUACAAACGAUUUUCGGUAAGAGACCACUUAAAAGUGCAUGCAUACGUCAUAACUGUGCUCAACUUAUUUUUUUAAGUACAUUCUGUUUCAGUUCAAAAAUAUAUAUAUAUAUAUUAAUUAUGUUUUGUACUUGUACUAGUUUCAUUGUACCAAUAUAAUUUUUAGUUAAUAAAUUUUUCAGAUUGAGGGUAA